AUGGAAUCUGGGGAGAACCGGCCGUUACUACUUGGACACGAAUUGGAAUCCCGGAUUUCUGAUUUGUCAUCCACGGCGAUUGAAGAGCUUUUGGAGCAGCCUCCUCCAACACCGGUGCUUUACCGGUUACCUCGGUUGCUGGUUUGGGAGUCAAGACUCAUUUUUCAUGUAUCCACUUCAUCAAUCAUUGCUGGUGUUUUCAAUAACUUGCUUGGCUUCGCCACACUUACACUUUGUAGCCAGUUGAGUAUUGUGGAGCUGGCUGGUGCCUCCAUUGCCAAUCUUGUAAUUCUGGGUCUUGUUAAUGGGAUCAUGUUGGGCAUAGCAAGUGCUGUGCCAACUGUGUGCGCGCAAGCCUAUGGAGCCAAGCAGUAUGCAGCAAUGGGAGUCAUGUGCCAAAGAGCAAUCAUCUUGCACUUGGGAGCAGCAGUUCUGCUAACAUUUCUGUGUUGGUGGUCAAGUCCCAUACUCGUCGCGAUGGGCGUAUCGGAUAUCAUAGCCGGCCAGGCACAACUAUUCACGCGUGGCUUAAUCCCUCAACUCUAUGCAUUGGCAAUAAACUACCCCCAACAGAGAUUCCUUCAAUCACAGAGCUUGGUGAUUCCUUUGGCUCUCAUCGCUGUGGUUACUUUCGGAAUACACCUUGUGUGCACUUGGUUGGUGCUUAAUGUAUACCACUAUGGUGUAAUGGGUGCUGCCCUAACGCUCAGUUUCUCAUGGUGGCUAGUGGUAUUGUUAUGUGGGAUUUACAUUGGUUUUAGCUCAAAGUGCAAGGAGACUUGGACUGGCUUCUCUUGGAAAGCCCUCACAGGAAUGUGGCCCUAUUUUAAGUUAACUAUUGCCUCUGCUAUCAUGCUCUGUUUGGAGAUACUGUACUUCCAAGUGGUACUACUGAUAUCAUGGGUUCAUUGGAAUACAGUCUCACUAGAAUCCAUCUGUAUCUGCAUGAACUACUGGAACUGGAUUUUGCAAUUUCUCCUAGGCUUAAAUGCAGCAGGCAGUGUUAGAAUGGGAAAUGAGCUUGGCGCUGGUCAUCCAAGGGUGGCAAAAUUCUCACUGUUUUUAGUGAACGUGAAUAGCCUCGUGAUUAGUUUAAUCUUCACAGUACUGGUAUUGAUCUUCAGUGUUAGAUUAAGCCGAUUAUUUACAACCGAGGCUGAAGCUCUCGUGGCAGUUUCCGAUUUGAUUCCAAUGCUAGCCAUCUCUAUUUUCUUUAACGGCAUUCAACCUAUACUAUCAGGUGUGGCAGUUGGAACUGAAUGGCGAAUUGUAGUAGCUUAUAUUAAUCUCCUUUUUUACUAUAUCAUUGGCACCAUAAUUGGGUUUGGAUGGCAAGCAGGGCUUUGGUGGGGGAUGGUUAUUGGAUUUUUUGUAGAGACAGCAACAGUGAUUAUUCUCACUGCUAGAACAAAUUGGAACGUAGAGGUUGUGAAUGUAGCUGAUCGCAUGAAAAAUAUGUGCAACUGA